AGCGCCGUAAUAACUUGGAUCUCAUCUAUACGUGUGUGAGUUGUAGAUAUAUAAACAAAAUUUAUUUUCAUUUGUGAAAAAAAUAUUUAUACUAGAUUUUUAGAUGUGGAAAUAGUGCAACAAGCAAAAAGUUACAAAUAAAAGAAAAUGUGGAAAUAUGAGGUAUAAAAUAAAAUAGAGAACUAGGACUAGGAGACUUGUUACUUUGUUAGUGCAUGUAGUGGUAAAUAACAUAAAGUCCAUUCAGAACUAGACUAUUCUCACCUCUCCAACAAUGAACUUAAUAUAGGCUGCUGGCCUGUUGUGGCCCAGAAAAAGUUAAAGAAGAACAACAAAAACAUGAAUUCAUUUCCGGUAUCAGGUGAAAGAUACACAUGAAAAAUGGUGAGUAGCGUUCAGAAAAGGAAAAGUAACUCAAUAGUACAAAAGAAAAUCUAUUUCCACAAUACAAAAUAAAACUCAUUAAUCAUGUAGUAUCCUUUUUCCUAAAUUUCAUAUUGGAUUAAUCUUUUAAUUUUUUGGUUUGAUUGGUAGAUCUAUGUAAUGCAUGUAUACCACUUUAACACAAACCUUUUUUCUUACAAUUUUUCUUUAUGUAUUUAUUUUUGGUUGGUUUUUAUCCCAAAACAGACUAAUACAAUGCGUGUGAUGCUUUCACUCUUUCUCAAGCACAAUCCGCCUAGACUAUGGUCACGUAUUCACUCAUUUCUUCUUUACUUAUUAAAAUGUAAAAAAUCUGAUUAAUACUUUUCAUUUAAUUCUUGCUUUGUCUUUUCAUCACCAAACUCAAAAAGAAAACAAAUCUCCUAACUUUAGAUAUUUCAAAAUCUGUUUUUAUUUGUUUCCUGUUUUUGUGUUCUCUUCUGCUUGAUGGUAGGAUCUCAAGUUAACAAGAGAGGACUGUUACAUUCCCCAAAACCUGAUCUCUGUCAGAAAGUAUCAAGCUUUGAGCUUUUGAUGAUUCUCUAGUUCAUUGUGUUCUUCCAAGAUUUGAGGUAGAAGAUGGAGCAGUUCAAAGAGAGGAAGUUUGUGUGUAAGUUCUGUAGCAAGAGGUUCGCUUGUGGCAAAUCACUUGGAGGUCACAUUAGAACUCACAUGAACAAAGAGAACUCAGCUGAUUCAGAUGAGGAUGAGCACAACAAGCUCAGGAUCGACGAAAAUGGAGGUCAAGCUAGCUACGGUUUGAGAGAGAAUCCUAAAAAGAACAAGAAGUUUGUGGUUCAGAGAGACAUGAUGGCUCUCAAACAUCAGCAUCAACAACAGCUUCUUUAUUGCAGAGAAUGUGGUAAAGGUUUCACUUCUUCUAAAGCUCUUUGUGGUCACAUGGCUUGUCACUCUGAGAGAGAAAAGAUUGUGAUGGAUAGUCAAUCUGAUACUGAAGCUUCUUCAUCUCCUAUCAGGAGAAGAUCCAAGAGAGCUGUGAACCAUCAUCAUAACCACAAGGAUGAUGCAUUUGUCGAUGGUGGCGGCAUCAUGGAUCGAUCCGAUUCAUCAGCAUCUUCAGAUGCUGAUGAGAUUGAACCGGAGCAAGAGGAAACGGCAUUGUCUCUGAUGAUGCUGUCUAGAGACUCAAGUUUCAAGAAAGCACAUAACUUGGUUGUGAACUCUCUGGCUGAGUCAUCAGACAACAACUCUGUGAUUCUCGAGACUAAGUCAUCUUCAGGGGAACAGCUCAAGAUCUUAAAUGUGAAGAAUGUUGAGGAGUUUUGUAAGAAAGACAAACUUGGAGGAGUGGAUAAUGGUGAUGUUCUGUAUGAUUCAGACAAUUCUGAUUCUGGUUACUUCAGGAACGGACCAAAGAAGUUGGACUCAGAUGUUUCUGUUGAUGGGUUCCUCAAGAACAAUGCAUUUAGUAACAAGUCUGCAAUGGGAUUCAACAGCUACACACCAAAACAGGAAAAGAGCUUGAACAGAUUCAGGAACGAAUGGUCAGGAUCAGGAUCAGGAUCAGGUCGUUCUUCUACAAAGUAUGAUCUGAGGCAAAGCAAAAGAGGGUUUCCUUGUUACGGUAGAAAGAAAAUCAAGUAUGAGUUCACUGAGUCUGUGUAUGAAAGUGGUGACCAGCUUAGCUUGGAGACUGAUUCUUGUGCGGACACAAACAGAAGUAUCAAGAAGAUUCAUAAUAGCAAACCUCCAAUGGUUAAGAAACCAAGUGGUGGAGUAAAGAAGAAAAGCAAAGGUCACGAGUGUCCAAUUUGCUUCAGGGUCUUUAAAUCAGGACAGGCUUUAGGUGGUCACAAGAGAUCACAUUUCAUAGGGAGUCAAGAUCACAGGACUUUGGUGAUCCAACAACACCACCAAGUAGCUCAUGAUAUGCAUACUCUCAUUGAUCUCAAUCUUCCUGCUCCUAUUGAUGAGUGAAUGAAAAUUUUUGUUCUCAUUAUUAUUGUUUCCUCUCUGUUUUCAUUUCUUUGCUUCAGAUUCAAGAAUGCUUUUGGUUCAGAAGGUAAAAAAGCAAAGAGUUUCAUA